AUGAGUGGUGUUAAACGUAAGAGACUGGUUGUGACGAUGGAACAAAAACUAAAAGCAAUAGAACGGCUUGAUAAAGGGGAAUCUGUUAAUAGCAUUAGCGAUGAACUCGGUGUCGGUGUUACAACGGUCAAGGACUGGAAGCGUAAUAAAAAAUCCAUUCAGGACUACUGCACCCAAAUUGAAUCCGAGAAAAUCUUAACCUCUCGUUGCACUUUAAAGAAACCUACAAACAAGAUUGUUGACGAUGCAUUAUGGCUGUGGUUUACUCAAGAGCGGCGGAAAGGUACACCGAUUAGUGGGCCAAUUUUGAAGGAAAAGGCGAUGGCGUUACACGCUAAAAUUGAAAACUGCGGGACUUUCAGGGCGAGUGACAGUUGGCUAGAAACGUCAUGGUAUCCAUUUCUGAGUAUAUGCGGUGAAAAACUGUCAGCCGACCCAGGUGCAUCUGCAGAAUGGAUAAAAACACUCGAAGAUGUGAUAACAAAAAAGGCUACAUCCUGA